AUGGCUUUGCCGGCAAAUACCCAAGAAGGUAGCGGCACAGCUGAAGGCAUAUAUUUAGAAAGUGAGAAAGACAGUGCUACUGUAUGUACUUGGCAAGCGAAGUUAAGAGGAUCAACAAACAAGUUUGUUGGCUAUGUUGGAUCAGUUGAGGAAGCCAUGACUGUAAUAAGACAAUAUGAACUGGGAACAACAACAAAAUUCUCUUGUUUUAAAUCAGACAAAAUGUUUGGUGCUGGAGGUAAGAUAAUUAUGAAGCAACAAAAUAAUUAUGCACUUAUCAACUGAAAGCCGACCCCCCACCCCCGGGCCAAGGUGGGGGAACAAAGGGUGUUUGAUAAAAUUUGACAGCAUGUUUUGCCGUUGGGGGCUGGGGAUUUCUCAAGAUUUGCCAUGUUUUAUUUUUCUCCUACAGGACUGUAGUUGGGGGCUUUAAAAGUUUAGGUGCCCCCUCAUGGGGGUUAAUCACCAUUGUAGUUAACAUGAAGUCAAAUCCCCACCCUGUUCUGGGGGUGGGGGAGGGGGGAUGUCAGUUGAUAAGUGCGUAAACAAUAAGUUGGUCAUAAAAAUUCUUGAAUCUGAUUGGUUAUCAGCAGCUAUGAUUUUAGCAGUGCAGUGUAACAUAGUAGGGUUAAGAAUGCUGGAGUAGAAUGUGGUGCAGCUUGCACACCAGAUUACAAUCAAAAGAUUAUAAUAAGCAAUGCUGUGAUCUUAGAAAUUUUUCUUUUGUUGGGGGGGAGAAAUAUGCUGGAGUAGAAUGUGCAUAUUCUAAACACAGUGGUAUUCAUGGCAUGAACAAUUUCUGAAUCAAAGACAUGAAAUACUUUAAAAUUCCGAAAAUAAGGCCCGGGGCUUAUAUUUUUCAAAGGCCCUUUUUGAGGGGCUUAUUUUUGGAGGGGCUUAUAUACGGGAGGGAAAUUUGCGUUUCAAAAUCGAUUGGGCUAGCCUCAUAGUUGGAAGUAAAUUUACCGUUUUUGCUUUGUUUUAUUUUGUAUUUGAGGGCAAUUUUCCAAGUAAAAGCCCCCGGGGGGCUUAUAUUUGGAGGGGCGAUUUUACGGAGGGUUUUUUGCGUUACGCCAGUUUGGGGGGCUUAUAUUUGGAGGGGCUUAUACACGGAGGGGCUUAUUUUCGGAAUUUUACGGUAUUUUUAAAUCUAUGGUUGACUGAGUACUAUCUGCAAAGGGUGCAUGUAAUACAUUGGCUUGACUGUGGUGUAGGUUGCAUACCAGAAUACAAUCAAAAUUAUAAUAAACAAGGCUAUGCUCUAAGAAGCCCAAAACACUAACCCUUUGACAUUCUGGCUGCCCAGCAUAGUAAUUUUGGGCAAAAACUAAGAUUGCCUUCUUGCCGAAAAGCAACAGUAAGUCACCGGGGGCCUCUGAGGACUGCUAGAGUACAGCCCUAAUAAACAUAAUACAGACUUUCCUUGUUGCUAUGACACAGAUCCCUUUGCCAAGCAAAGAAAAGUCUAUUUCAAAGAUGACAAAAUUCCAUUUGAUGGAGUACCAUUCAGUAUAAUUGGCACCAAGGUAUUUGACUGCCAACAUGGACCAGACAGGAAAAAGUCAUUUAAAGCGAGACAUUCUGAAGAGAAGGUAUGUUGGUUAUGACUAAAAAAUAUCCGCAUUUUCAUUUCACAGCCACAGCCUUUUUGGUGCUUUUAGCACUAAACUGUAAGGAAUCUAUAAUAUUAAUCUUCUAACUACUGGUUGAUGAUCACUCAUUCAAAAGGAGGAGGUUUCUACCUCAAGACACAAUGAAGUAGUUUGGCUGCCCUGCAAGUAUUCGUUUAUCAGAAGUCAUAAAGUAUUGCAAUUACAAGGUACAAAACCACCAUCACAAUACUAAUAAUAGCAAUUGACAUUAUACUUCCGCUCAGUAAAAUACAUCCCUUCAUUUCAUAACUUAUUACUGUCUUUUAACUCUAUUAGAUCAGGGAUGACACAGAAAGACUAAGACGGGACAUGUCCAAAAAGCUGAAGACUGAUAUAACCAGCGGACAGAAACCCCAAGUGAAACACAGAAUUUAUAUCCAAUUACCAAAGGGGGAUGAACACAAAGAUCACAUCACUGGAGAGGUCUGUUGAUGUCAAUGGAAAGAACUGGGACACUACCUUAACUUGAGAACAAUAAUAUUAACUUUUGUUUUUGGCUCUUUUUGUUUGAGUAAUAGUUGAAGGCUUAGGGAAAAACACUUUGAAUGGGUGGGACAAGAGUUGAGUCAUUUUCCUAUAAACCUUCUAGUUUUUCAUGUAUAAAUCAUUAUGGUAAUUAUAGUUUCGGACAGAUAUUACUUUCCUAUGAAAAGGCAAGAAGGCAUGUGAAAGAAAGUCAAGUCAGACCUUCCACUCAAAGGCUAGGUCACAAAGUACAACAGGUGUAUGGGUGGCUACAUGCUAAGUAGUGUAACAAUCAUAGCCUAGGUCUGUAAAUGAAGUAAUGAUCAUGACAAAAGGUCCAAGUAGUGUCUAGGACUAAAAUAGAAGCUGAUAAAAAAUGAACAAAAUUGUCUAGGAAUUAUUAUUUCAACUGAUUUGUUGCUAUUCUAUCCAAAUAAUUUGUUUUUUGAAUGUUGUUGUUGACAGAAGUGACAUUUCAUUCAUUUCAUGUAAGUGUACAUUGUACCAGCAGUGCCUACAACUAUCAGCAUGGCUGUCAAAAUAUUUCUGUCAAAAAUGUAAUUCCAUUUUCAUUUUUCUCCUCAUGUAUCAAACAACCAGAUUGGUGGCAUUCUGCGGCCCAUCGACAAACGGCUUGUAGACAAGAUUGGAGAGCUUGUUGGCGAAGGUGUGAAAACUGUGGACGAAAUGAAAAGACAUCUUAGGCAAUUCGUAAAAACUGAACUAUUUCCAGGGCAAUCUGCACCAGCAUCAACAAACAGGCGCUAUUAUCCAACAGAUGUGGACAUCAGGAACCACAUGUAUCAGGCAUCAGUAAAAAAAAUCCUGUCCAAAUCUGAUCAGGAAAACCUUGAAAAGAAAAUUGAAAAUUGGUGUCAGGAGAACCCACAAGACUCUUUCUAUUUUAGACCCUGUGCCCUAUCAGCCUCAUCAACAGCUUCUGAAAGCAUGAACAAUGAGGAAACAGAUCAAAAUUAUGUGCGAGAUGAUCUUUUGUUUGCUCAUCAAACAGCCUGGCAAAAGCAACUCAUGAUCCGUUACAGAAAUGAGAUCACCCUGCUUGAUGCAACCUACAACACAAUGAGAUAUGAGCUCCGUCUAUUUUUCCUAGUGGUAAAGACAAAUGUAAAUUACAUAGUUGUGGGGUCUUUCAUAAUUCAACGGGAAACUACAGCCUCCAUACAGGAAGCACUAGGAAUCUUCCAUGAU